AUGAAGGUUGGUCAAAAUUUGUCAUUUAUUGAAAUUAUGGAAACUGGAUUAUUAAGAAAAAAUAUUCUAAAAUGGGUUCCAACUUUUGAAGAUAUACAAAAUCUUACCAAAACUUGUAAAAUUAUUAAUUUCUAUAUUAAAAAUGAUAUAAUUAGAAAAAAAAUGUUUUGGUAUAAGGAUGAAAGAUCUGUUACUAUGAAAGUUAAAGAUGGAUUUCAAAAUGAUUUAGCUGUUUUAAGUAUGAAUGACAUUGAUUUUUCACCCAAAGAAUGUAAUUUGGAUAUAUUAGAUACUGCUAGUAAUUUUAAUGGAGAAGUAGUUGCUAGUUCUAAUUGUAUAUUUGUCAAAAUAGAAAAUAUGAUACAAUAUUAUAGAGGAGAAAAAGAUAAUUUAUUCUUUAAAAUGUUAGUUGAUGCAAUAGAUUUAAAUUUUCAAACAAGAAAAAAUGCUACUAUACUUGAUUUUACUAGCAAUUCUCCGGAUAACUCUUCAAUGAUAUUAUAUGCUUUAUGUUAUAUGCAACAUGAAAACAUAAAAAGAAUUAAAAUUCAAAAAAGUGCAUUGAUGUCUGAUUGUAGUGGAAAUGAUAUAAUUUUAGACAAUAUUUUUGAAGGAUUUCCUAAUUUAAAUGAACUUGUUAUUUUUGGAAAUGUAACUAAGAAUGAUUAUUUUAAACUUUUAGAAAAUGAAAAAAUUUUACAUUAUAUUUUAAAAGAUCUUUCUAAAAAAAAUGAUCCUACAAUUGUGUUGACAAGUACUUACAAUACCUACCAAACAUUUAUUCUAUACAAUCAUAUGUUUAUCAAACUUGCAAAAAAAUAUAAUGUUAAAAUAAAAUGUAAUCUUAUUAAUCUUCUCCCAUUAUCUAAUAAUAAAGGCAGUGGAUUUUAUUCAAUUGAAAGAUGUCCUUAUUUUGUGCCAAUGGGAAAACAUAUUACUUCAAUUGCUAAUGAUAUUAAAAGUUCCAGGGUAUUUUUUAAUAUUAUGAAGAAUAUGCAAGGUCUUGAAAAUUUAGAAAUGUUAAUAAUAUCACUACGAUUUUCUGAUUUAAAAAAAGGUCUUCAAAGAAUGAAAAUAUUUGACUUUGAUAAUUUAUCAUUAAAAAAUUGUAAAUAUUUAAAAAGAGUUAUAUUGUAUUUUGAAGGAUACAAAGAAAAAAGAAAUGAUUUAAGAAUACCAAUAUUUUAUAAUAAUUUAAAAUUUUUAGCUUCUCUAAUGCCAAGUUGUGUUGAAAGAUUUGAUUUAAUUAAUGGAUUUGAAUUAACUAAUGAAAUUACUGAAACAAUUAGUAAAUUUAUGCCAAAUAUAAAAUUACUAAUAACUUAUGAUGUAUCUUAUAAAGAUUCAACUUGUCUUAAUGCUUUCAAAAAUUUACAAGCAUUUAUUUCUUAUGAUUAUUAUAAUAUUGAUAUUCCAAAAUCGGUAAAAUUUCUUGCAAUUUUACAAAGAGUUUCUCUAACUGAUUGUGUUGAUGAAUCUCUAAAUCAAAAAGUUCUUAGCACAUAUUCGAAAAGAUUUAAAAAAAGUCUUCAAACAACAAAAGGAGAUUAUAUAUUUUUUAAUGAUAUUUUACAAUGGGACAUUGUUAUUUCAGAACCAUGUGCUGGAUUACCAGGAUAUUUUAUGGCAAUAAAUAGAAAAUGUUACAAAAUUUAUCAUGAACAUCUAGAUAAAUAUCUAAUGAAACAAUUUUGUGAAAUGGAUGAAGGAAUUUUGUCGGGAUUUAUUACUGACAGUGAUAUACAUGCUUUUAUUCAAUUACUUAAUGCUUAUUUUAAGAAUAUUAAACUUAAGUAUAUUGAUAGAGGAUUUUUUUGUUACAAAAAUUCAGAUAAUUGUUUUUUAAAUACAGGUCAUGAUUUAAAAAUUGAAAAUGAAAUUGAAUUUUUAACAAAUGAAUUUCCAUGUAGAGGUGUAAUGAACAGAGAAAAUUUUAAAUUUUAUUGUAUAAGUUUCGGUGAUUUAGAUGAUGUUAUUUUUGGUUGUGAAAAAGAUUACUUAUACAUAAAAAAUUGUACUAAUCACAUUCAAUAUAAAAAAUAUGGUGAUGGUAAUUGUUAUACAUUGUUAGAAAAUAUUAGUUUUACCAAAAAGACUGCAGAAAUGAUGUGUAGAGAACAUUCAGGAACUUUACCAAUGAUAAAUUAUGACUUUGAAAAUUUGGUUUUAAAUCAAUUAUUUAGAGAAAUAGGUUCUCCUUUUUGGCUUGGUUUUUCAUGUCCUACAAAAGAUCCUUCUACCUGUAAAUGGAGUACCAAUGAAAUGUUGAAAUAUGCAAGAAUUGAUAAUUUAAAUUUAACCAAAGACAAUUUAUGUGGAUACAUGGAAAAUCAAAAUAUUUGGGGAGCAGAUAAAUGUAAUACGCGAAAAAAAGUAGUUUGUCAAAUUAGAAAUAUAUAA